AUGGCAAAUCCAGCCUUUUCGCAGGCCAACAUCAAUGGGGUGUACAUCCCCUCAGUGCUCCUGAUUGUGGGAGUUGCCAUCGUCAAGAGGGAAUAUGUCCCUUACGCAGUUGCCCUGGCUGCAAUUGUGGGAGGCUACAAGAUCUUUACUGGCUUGACCCCAUCGUCGAGAAAGGUCCUGAAGCCCGACGUCUUCCAAGAAUUCCCAUUGACAAAGAUUACCAAAACGUCCCACAAUGUUGCCAUUUACCGAUUUGACCUUCCCCGUCCUACGGACAUUCUCGGUCUGCCCAUUGGCCAGCACAUGUCGUUGGCGGCAACUCCCAAGGGCGCAGAGAAAGAGGUGGUCCGGUCAUACACACCGAUCUCGUCCGACGAGGACAAGGGUUUCUUUGAACUCAUGAUCAAAGCAUACCCUCAAGGCAACAUCAGUGCCCAUAUGACGACCUUGAAAGUGGGGGAUACCAUGAAAGUCCGCGGUCCCAAGGGAGCUAUGGUGUACACCCCGAACAUGUGCAAACGCAUUGGCAUGAUUGCCGGUGGAACGGGCAUCACACCCAUGCUGCAGAUCAUCCGCGCCAUCAACCGCGGCCGGCCCCGACAUGGAGGAAAUGACACCACCAAGGUGGAUCUGAUCUUUGCCAACGUCAACCCCGACGAUAUCCUGUUGAAGGAGCAGCUAGACGCGUUGGACAAGGAAGACCCGGACUUCAGCGUCUACUAUGUCCUGAACAACCCACCAGAAAAAUGGGAUGGCGGGGUCGGUUUUGUGACUGCAGAUAUGAUCAAGGCCAAACUCCCUGCUCCGGGCCCUGACAUGAAGAUCCUGAUCUGUGGUCCUCCACCCAUGGUCAGCGCCCUGAAGAAGGCCACCGAAAGUCUCGGGUACCAAAAGGCUAGACCGGUUAGUAAACUGGAGGACCAGGUGUUUUGCUUCUAG